AUCAUAGCAAUGGAUCAUUUCACUUCAAAGCACUAUCAGGAAGCUCUGGAUAUAAGUUUGGAGUCCUUGCUAAGAUUGUGAAUUACAUGAAAACCCGACAUCAGCGAGGAGAUACACAUCCUCUAACUUUAGAAGAAAUUUCGGAUGAAACACAGCAUUUAGAUAUUGGACUCAAGCAGAAGCAAUGGCUAAUGACUGAGGCAUUAGUCAACAAUCCCAAAAUUGAAGUCAUAGAUGGAAAGUAUGCGUUCAAACCCAAGUACGACUUGCAAGAUAAGAGGGCCCUACUUAGGCUGUUAGAUCAGCAUGACCAGCGAGGAUUAGGAGGAAUUCUUUUAGAAGACAUAGAAGAAGGACUGCCUAAUUCACAGAAAGCCAUCAAGCUGCACUUGUCAUUAAAAGUUCCUUUGAUGACAGUGAUAGACAUGCUUACUUGA